AUGGACGAGACGGGCAUCAUGCUCUCGAUGCUUGGUUCUAUCAAAGUGCUUGUAGGCAGUGACGAUACGAGAGGGUACAGAGGUGCACACGUCAAACGCACAACUGUGACCGCAAUCGAGUGCAUCAGCGCGGACGGGCGAUGCUUGCUGCCGAUGAUCAUCUGGCCGGCCGCUACCCAUCGCAGCAAUUGGACCACGUUCCCGACUCCAGGGUGGCACUAUGCGUAUUCGGAAUCCGGCUACACGGAUUCCCAAAUAAGCUUCGAUUGGCUUCGCUUGGUGUUCGAUCCACAAACGAAGGAACGAGCUAACGGCAAGCUACGCGUGUUGAUCUGCGAUGGUUUUGGCACACAUGAAACGCUCGAAGUCCUUGAGUUUUGCUUCGCCAAUGAUAUCGUCCUCUGCCGCCUUCCUUCCCACACGUCGCACAAGCUUCAGCCAUGUGAUGUCGCGGUCUUUGCACCUUUGAAGGCAGCUUAUCGCGACAAUGUCGAGCGCCUGGAGCGCGGCGGCGUCAGUGCAAUCGGGAAGCAACACCUCACAUACCUCUGUAGUCCCGCCCGCGAAAGGGCCUUUACCAAACGCAAUAUCCUCGCAGGAUGGAGCAAGGCCGGGCUCUUCCCGUUCAACCCGGACAGAGUUCUUCGAGACUUACCGAAGCCUGUCGUUACAGCGCUUGACCUUAGUGCAGAACCAGCCACAGAGCCAGUCCUAUCCCCUACAUGCACAGUACCAGUAACGCCAGUGACACCUGUUGCAGCCGAAUCCGUGACCGCCCUUCAGAACAUGAUCAUCAGCUACGACGCACGCGCCCUCGACGGCGCGAGCAAAGACCGUCUUGAGCGCCAUGUAGCAAAGCUGGCCAAAGCGACGCAGAAGUCUUUCGCUCACUGUUCGAUGCAGCGUCAUCGGAUAGGGUUGCUGUUGAAGACCAACGCCGAAGCUAAGCCCCGAAAAGAAGGCAAGUCGAUCGUUCUCGGCAGGGCAAGGAUCAUGAGCUAUGAUGAUCUUAUGGAAGCCCGUAAGACGCGCAUUGAAAAAGACCUGGAAAGAGAGCGAAAGAAGGGAUGCAAGCGCGGGAGACGGAGAGGCAAUACGAAAGUCGUUGCAGCAGAGAGUGUCGUAGUCGAUCCAUUGCUGUGCGACGAGGCGACUGCAGCGAGCCAUAUUCAGGGUGGAAACAGCCAGGGUGGAGCGAUUGCGCGAAGCCCAUCGUGGAGAGCGCCGGUCGCGCAGAUGUAUUGAUAGAUUGAUUCGAGGUCAUACAAUUCUAGAAGGCAGAUUCAACGCAGCAAGGUGUUUGCGAUCGUAGAUUUAAAAUUGGGAAAUU